UGGAGAAGAUCGUUACUUUAAUUUCAACAAAUCAUUCACCAGUUCCUCAAUUGCUGUAAAACCUCGAUUAACACACACCUACGCACAUAUUCAUCAAAUAAUUCGCAAUGUAUUAAUUCUCCCAGUUUAGAGAAUUUUCGCCCGAAAAUGCCACCACCGAGUAAACCCUCCUGGAGAUUCUCUUUCUUCGGCCUCGCCGCCAGCGGUAAUAAUUCCGAAAAAGACGAUCUUGAGAAGCCACAGCUGAAAUUAAAUGCGGACAGGGAAGUGUAUAGACCGGGUGAUCUAGUGACUAUCAUGAUUGAAAUAAAAAAAUCCAACACCUGAAUGGUCACUUUUGAUUGAAAAGCAAAAGCUUAACUUCGAGAUUAAAGGGAUCGAAAAAUUGGACCUUCAGUGGUUUAACAACCCCAAGUCCACUCCUGACUUGAAGCAGCGACGAGCAAGUAUGUUUUCGUGGAUUGCCCGACUCUUGCAGUGGUUUCCAAUCAAAUUCUUUCGUGUGGAGCAGCUAAAACUUGUAAACCUAAAUAUGGUGCGCACACUUCUACCAACCAUUAUACCACCAUCAUACAGAGGUGCAACCAUUCGUUAUCUGUACUAUGUAAGGUGUACAUUGUCUGGCCAAUAUCUGAAUUUGGAAAAUGGACCCUCUCAUGGGGGGUCAAUACGAGAUCUUUCUGAGCUGGAAUCCCGAAUACCAUUUCAAGUAUGGGUCAGUCAGGAAAACAAUGGGUUGCAGAGUGAAGAAGCUUGCAAUGACGGAACAUGACGUCAUGGAACACUCAGCCCAAUAUCGACCAAGGGAAAAGCAUGAUGAGAAAGAUUGUCUAGUCGUCACCUACUGUACCUUCCACGUUCAAUAGAAAAAUUCGGGGAGUACCUUCGUCCUUUUCUUCCCCGUCCCCUUAUAUUCUUAAUUAUGUUUGAGGACAAUCUCUGGUUUAAGUUUGGGGGUGGGAAACACUUUGUGUUUUUGGUUUUCGUAUGUUUUCGUGCGUUGUUUACAUAUGUUUAAUAAAAAAAUAAAUAAAUAAAACAUUUAAAAAAUAUCGUUAAAUUUUUAUUUAUUUUUGAUUGUGUGCUUGUGUGGGUUAGACGGUUUGGUUGACAAUGAUGAUUAAAUUUGAGAUUUGGCGUUGAUUUAUGAACUGUGGAUAGGAAGCAUGAUAGACUGAUUGAAGCUUGAACUUGCAAAACUUGAUAUUAUACAUGCACUAUAACUGAGUUUGACAUUAUGAUGAAGUGAGUUGAUUCAUGCACUCGAUAGAUUGAAUUAGUUGGACAUAGAUGCUUUAUCAAAACCAUACUAAUCGAUUAUCCUUAGACCAAAUUUAGCACAAUUUGAAAAGAUCAUACUGUUGUAGGAAAAUUUGGAUGUGAAUGUGGAUUCCUUGUGUGAAAAAUUGUGUGGAUUGUCUCGGAUUAAUAGGAUAAAAUUGGAUGAAAGUCUUAAAUUGGAGGUUGAUUUGCUUGAAUAAGUGUGUGAUAAGAAGCAUUGCACUAAUCAAGGCAUAUAUUUUGAAAUUAAAUUUUUUUUCUUUGGAGCUUUUAUGGUUCGAGCAAUUAAGUCUGCAAGGGUAUCUUAAAACCUAGUGCCCUCAAGUCAUCGGCCUAAAGCUCGUUACAGGAGUCAAUUAAAAAGCAAUCAGAGAUGAAAUUGUCCUAAAAAAAAUUUAUUUUCUUCUAAGCCUUUUUUAUUCGGGUUAUUAAGCCUGUAAGGGUAUUUGAAAACCUGGUGCCCUAAUGUCAUCUGACUUAGGAGUCAUCAGCCUAAAACCUGCUACAUGAGUUAUCUAGAAAGCUUAAGGGAGAGUGCAAAAAAAUAAAAAAGCACUAAAUACCUUGUAAGUCCCAACACUUGUUCGAGGAAAUUUGACGUUCGAUGAAGGAUAAUUAGCCUAAUUGAAUCUUGACGAUUGAAACAAUCAAAUAAUUGGAGAAUUCUUAUUCAUUGAUGUGUUGACUUGUAACUAGUGAUGUCCACCUAAAUUGGUGAGGGUAAUGAUAGUAAUGAAAAAUUCAAUCUUAGAUCACAUACUGGGAAAAGAGUGAAAAUGAACAAAUUUGGGGGUGUGUGAAUCUUACGAGAGAUGAAAAGAUAUAUUUGACCAUAGAGGUUCGGGAAUUGAAAUAACUUGUGAAUUCAUUAAUGUCUACUUAGUUCUUCACACACACACAUCGGAUUUGCAUUGGAAAAGUGGAUAUUAGUUUGGUAUUGUUAAUUUGAAGCAGUUUGUAGAUUUAAUGCUGGGAUUUCAAAUCCUAAGAUAAAAAGCUAAAUGGUCUAACAAAAUAUUUUUGCUUGCUUGUGUGUUUGUUUUUAUUUAAGUUAUAGUUUUGUUCAAGGACGAACAAAUGUUUAAAUUUGAGAGUGUUUGGUAAGUGUAAUUUAUGCACUUAUUUAAGCCACAUUUAUUAAACUUUUACGUCGUCAAAUUAUUAAGUUUUAUCUAACUUAGGUUAUUUUUCAUUUUGUUUUUAGUGACGAACCCGUUUGAAGCAUUUGGAAAAGGAUGAAGGAUUAAUUAGCUAUUUGAUGCAAAGUUUGGAGAUCAAAUUUUAUACUUUAAAAGUUGAGGACUUGGAGAAAAUAAUUGAUUAAUUGGGCCUCAAUUGAAACUUGAAUUGGAAGCAAAUUUUACAAUUGGAAUGGACUUUGAAUUGGACUCCAACUUUGAGGUCUUGGAAGAUUAAUUCUAUAUAGAAACAGAUUACAGGUGGGCUGGAUAUAUAUAUAUAUAUAUAUA